AGUGAGUUAAUGGAGUUUUUAGUGCUGGCGCUUAAAACUGUCGCUUAUUAAGUGUCUUGUUGUCAUUAAAUCAGUGUAAGAGUCAGAAACAGCGCUUGACGAUGAGCACGACGUUGCUGUCGUGGUCGGAAAGAAUGCUUCAGCUUCUCCGCCGCAUGAACAGCUUUCAUUUAGCAGGUUCUAGUUUAAAGGAGUGUCUGCGAUUCGAGGUUGCGGGUCAGCAGGUGGGCUGGAUCCGGCCAGACGUGGCUUCGGUUCUGCGCCGUUAUCCAGAUGUGUUCCGUACAGUAGGUGGCGCUAUAGAGCUCUGCCCAGCGCUGGACUCGUAUGAGCGCAGGACACAGGCGGUGGAGGUCAUGCUGCAGACGCUUAGACAGGAGGCGGAGUUUAGUUGUCUGAAGGGGUGGAGAAAUGAGAUGUAUGCAGUGAUGCCGAGGCUUUGCGACGCCCCACUGAUGCACAUGGAGAGAGCAGCGACAAGUUUGUUCGGAGUGAAGCGCUAUGGCGUUCACGUUAACGGGUUCUGUCGAGAUGGAGACGGGAAUCUGAGCAUGUGGCUCGGCAGGAGAUCUGACACUAAACAGACUUAUCCUGGAAAACUGGAUAAUCUGGCAGCAGGUGGUCUAGCGGCCGGCUGCAGUGUUAAACACACCCUGGUGAAAGAGUGUGAAGAGGAAGCAUGCAUCCCUCCAUCACUGGUGCAGACAGCGCGACCUGUAGGAACCAUCAGCUACACCUACGAGGACGGCGAGGGCGUGUUCCCCGAGUGCCAGCUCGUCUUCGACUUAGAGCUCCCGUGCGACUUCACGCCUCAGAUCGGAGACGGAGAGGUGCAGGAGUUUUACUUUUACUCCAUCAACAAGGUGAAGGAACUGAUCGCGAGCGAUGAUUUUAAGCCGAAUUGUGCCAUGGUGGUGCUGGAUUUUCUCAUCAGACACUCCGUCAUCGAACCUGACUCAGAGCCGUAUUAUCAGGAGUUUGUCGCCGGGCUGCACAGAACCUUAUAAAGCAUGGACAACUGUCUCAAACACACACACACAGACACAUCAAAGAUGAAUACAGUGUGACAGAGUUACUCA